GGCAAAAUUAUUAAAAUAAAAAUAUAUAUUAAAAAAAAAAAACCUUUUCUUCAACUUCUGCUUCUCAACUUUUUUGUGAAAUUUCCAAGAAAUAAAAGUAAAAAUCACUCACAGGCAAGGCAGGUCUAUCCAUAUCAGAUUUCUCCAUCACUUGUCGUCAAAAACGAUAUCUUUUUUCUCGCCGCGUUUUUUUUGUUCCUUCUUCUUCUUUUUGAUUUAUUGAAGAACGAUUCUUUGAUUUUGCUGCUCUGAUCUGAAGUCUGAAGCUUUUUUGCUCGAUGAUGAUGAUGGUUGGUUGUAGUAGAUGUGUACUAAUCUCAGUUUGGCUGUAGCACAAGCUUUUUAAGUAUUUAGGUUAAAAAUCGAUUUGGGUUAUUCAUCCAAGCAUCAAAAAAGCUUUUUUUUUUUUUUUUUUUUUUUGUGAAUUUGUUUCUUGUAGAAGAAAUUCUUAGGGUUUUUUUUUUUUUGUUUUCCUUGUUGUGCUUUUGUGAUCAUUCUUAUAACUAGAAGAAGGGUCUUUUAGGAUCCUUUCGAUCGGCUUUUUAGGCGACGCGAUUUGUGAUCUGUGUUAAAUUGGGAGAACAAAAAAAGUCUACUUUUUUUUUUGUUUUUUUCAUAAAAGGAGAUAGGUAAAUGGAUCGUGUGGUUGGUGGUAAGUUCAAGCUCGGACGAAAGCUUGGAAGUGGUUCCUUUGGUGAAAUUUUCCUAGGAGUAAAUGUACAAACUGGAGAAGAAGUGGCUGUUAAGCUCGAACCUCUCCGAGCUAGGCAUCCUCAGCUUCAUUACGAGUCAAAGCUUUAUAUGCUUCUCCAAGGAGGAACUGGUAUUCCUCACAUCAAAUGGUUUGGGGUUGAGGGUGAAUUCAACUGUAUGGUGAUCGACCUUCUUGGUCCUAGUAUGGAGGAAUUUUUCAACUAUUGCAGUCGAUCUUUCACUCUUAAGACUGUUCUCAUGCUCGCUGACCAGAUGAUUAAUAGAGUCGAGUAUAUGCAUGUACGAGGGUUUCUUCAUCGUGAUAUUAAACCAGAUAACUUUUUGAUGGGUCUUGGACGCAAAGCAAACCAGGUGUACAUCAUUGACUAUGGGCUUGCGAAAAAGUAUAGAGAUCUUCAAACACACAAGCAUAUUCCAUACAGGGAAAACAAGAAUCUUACAGGGACAGCUCGAUAUGCAAGUGUCAAUACCCAUCUUGGAAUUGAGCAAAGCAGAAGGGAUGAUCUUGAAUCUCUUGGCUAUAUGCUUAUGUAUUUUCUUCGAGGAAGCCUUCCUUGGCAAGGCCUUCGUGCAGGCACUAAAAAGCAGAAGUAUGACAAGAUCAGUGAAAAGAAGAGGCUUACUCCAGUAGAGGUCCUUUGUAAAGGCUAUCCACCUGAGUUCACAUCGUAUUUUCUCUAUGUGCGUUCAUUACGGUUUGAAGACAAACCAGAUUAUUCAUACCUAAAGAGGCUUUUCAGAGAUCUGUUUAUCCGAGAAGGUUAUCAGUUUGACUAUGUAUUCGAUUGGACAAUAUUGAGGUAUCCACAGUUUGGCUCUAGUUCCAGCUCCAAUUCCAAACCAAGACCAAGCUUAAGACCUGCUAUGAAUAUUCCAGUACCAUCUACUGACAAAGCGGAGAAGCCUUCAAUUGGGCAGGACAGUCGCGAGAGGUUCUCAGGUGUUUUCGAGGCAUACACUAUAAGAAAUGGUUCAGGAACUGGCGUUCAAGCUGAUCGAUCUAGUAGACCAAGAACCUCGGAGAAUGUUCUUGCAUCCAAGGAUACGCAAAACCAGGAGAGGCCAAUCUCUUUAUCUAGGAACCAGAGUUUAACAAGAAAAGCAGUUGCUGGGUCAAGUGUUCGAGCCACUGCCUCGGCUGAUUUCACAGAGAAUCGAUUGAGUAGACUCGUCCCAAACAAUGGUCGGUCCUCUACAACACAGAGGACCCAGUUCGCUUCUUCGUCCUCAUCAUUAGCCAUGAAGGCUGCUCCAGCGAGAACCGCUCGUGACAUUACGCUCCAGAGUCUCGAGCUCCUCAGUAUUGGGAACAGCAAGAGGAAGUGACUGGCUGAAAUUUGCCGUUUGCCGCCCGCCAGAUUCACAGUUGGUUCAUAUCUUUAUCCAUCUUUGUUUGAGAAAUUAUUGUUAAGAAAGAAACAUACAUGAUUUGUUUAAAGAUAUGUUAUGUAUAUGUAAUUUAUACAUGGCUUUACUUCAUAAGAUCAUCAGUGUUGUUCAUAUUGUAUUUUGUUAAAUUUAUAUUAUCCUCUAUACCACCAACGUAUGGUGCGUUUAAAUGUGUAU